AUGAAAUCCUGGAGUAAUCAGAAGCGUAGUGUUGUAAUACGUAAGAGGCAUGCGAAAACCAAAGCGACGGAAGAGCAAAAUCCAGGUGGGCCACAUCACUGAACUUAAAACAGAAUUAAAGUCCAAAUACAAAUACAAAUAGUGUGGAAUACCAGAACACCCUCGAAUCUUCGACGCAUGUUAUUAUGUUUUCUUUGAUUUUCUCAUUCAUUACUAUUACCUGUCUUUUGCACAACCUCUCCUUCUAAUUUUCGCUUCUCCUGUCACUCCAUCACUAGGAAGUUGCUAUUUGGUUGGGUUUUAAAUGGCAAGUGGUUCCGGGGAAUCAACAAGCAUGCCGACCCAGAGCCCGUCUUGCUCGGCCAAUAAUGCUAAUGAUGCUGGUGAUUUUGAGUGCAAUAUCUGUUUUGAAUUAGCUCAAGAUCCUAUUGUUACCCUUUGUGGCCACCUCUAUUGUUGGCCUUGCCUGUACAGAUGGCUACACCAUCACUCACGUUUCCAUGAGUGCCCAGUUUGCAAGGCCAUUAUACAAGAGGAAAAGUUGGUUCCUCUUUAUGGUAGGGGCAAAUCCCCAACUGACCCACGAUCAAAAUCUUAUCCGGGCAUUGAUAUCCCUAGUCGUCCGUCUGGGCAAAGGCCUGAAACAGCUCCUUCCCCAGAAGCCAGUAACUUUAUCAAUUAUGGGUUUGGAUUCAUGGGAGGAUUUGUACCUAUGGCAACUGCUAGGAUUGGCAACUUUACCUUGGGUAUCGGUGGUUUAUUUCCAUCAUUGUUUAAUAUUCAAGUUCAAGGGUUCACUGAUCCUGCUGUUUAUGGGACAACCGCUGGCUUUCCCUAUGGUGUUAAUAUGUUUCAUGGUGGCCAUGAUCACGGUUUAGCCCAUGGUGGCCAUGAUCACGGUUUAUCCCAACCAAAUCGAGGGCACCAAGCUGACCAUGUUUUGAAGAAUCUUCUUUUGUUGAUUGGUCUCUUUGUGCUGCUUGCUCUAAUUUGGUGGUAAAUAAAUCUGUUGUUUCAACUCUCAACUUAAACUGUUCUUGGUUAUUAUGAAUUGUCGGCCUAUAUCUGUAAAUAAUCUAGUUCUGUCUUCUUUAAUUAAAAUAAGUAGACGAGCUCUUUUUUGACUGCUUUUUGUGUUUGAGAAAUAACUUAUUCAUAUGAUACCUUGUCAUUUCUAUGUCAUAGGCCUCUUAAAUCUCAAAUUAUUCUUAUACAUUCCUGCCAAUCAAAUAACAGUGUGUCUGGAUCCUAGCAUGUGCCUUAAUAGGGGAAGCCUUUCCAUCUGAAGGUUUCUUUGUGUUGCCUUGAAGAAGAUUCAUCAUGAUGGUUUUCUGGUAUUAGGUCUUGUUGCAAUCUAUGCUGAAAGACAGU